CGUUUGUGUUAGCAAUUCACGAAGGGCAUUUAGACAACAGUCAUUAUCGUUAGCUGUGCAAUUGAUUAUUACAUCUCAUCCUUUCAUUUGCGAUGUGCAGGUUUGUUCGUCAGUAGUCAGUGGCUCGAUUGCUACGCCAUCCUUCUUACGAGCCCACCUCUUUCUCUAUUCAGAACAAUGCCAGCGACUACCCCUCCAUCAGUACCACUCGGCCAGCCAUGCACCCGGACAUGCAACAAAAAAUCAAUACGCUCGAUAUCAAAAUCCGGUCGUAUGUGGGCAUCAGACGAGGCUGGCCCGCUCACCCACACAGCCUCCACAUACCCAGAAAAAUGAUCCAACGCGCAGGAAGGAACAAUUCGAUACUUCCAUGCAUCUGCCCACCCCCCCUGCAACCCCCCAAAAAAAAUGUCAGAAAAAACGUGGGAUAUUGUUCCGUGGACGAACGUGGUUGGACAAAAAAGACACGGCUUAUGGUCCGAUGCUUGCUGACACUGCGCGCUACUUGCAUGUUUGCUGACGUUUUACGAUGA